AUCUCCAAUCAAGACAAACCGGGCACUACGGUGAGACGUGAAAACACCCGAUCCCAUUCCGACCUCGAUAUGUGGAAUCGUCUUGCGCCAUAUGUACUGAAAUUGUUCGGGAGACAUGGUCAAAGCCCGGUGAGCAGGCAAGAAAGAGAGAGGUAGCCCGACCACUUCCAAAAGCAGGUAGGGAUUCUUAAAAAAGAGAUAUGGGGCCAUCUAAUCCAAACCAUUGGUAUGAAAAUAAAGAAUCCAAUCUCUGACUCCCAGAUAAAGAGGAAGGAGUCGUAUUGAGAAGUUGUUCAGUCGAUCGUCCCAUUCAUUUGAUAGGCGGCCAUGGGCCGGCAUGUGGGAUCGAGAAGUGCGGGCGUCUGGGUCCGAGGUGGGAGAUGCAGCUGGCGAUAGACUUUCCAAUCUCAGAUGCUUCGGGCGGUUCCUUACUCCCAUCUGAGAGAGAGACGGCAUUUCUUUCAUAUUCUCUUUCCGAGGUGGGACAACCGGUAGUACGAUUCAAGGGAAGUGUCCACCACAAUCGAAUUCCAUAGCGAGAAGGCGGCGGGCGAGUCAAGGGAUAGAAGCAGGCAUCGUAUGAAAGGAAAGUCUCUCAUGUACGAAUGAGCCACCUAACGCGGUAGGGGAAAGAGAGGUAGCGGGUGAUCGAAGUACAGUUUCUUCGCCGGAUUCAGAGAGAGAAAUAGUGGAAUCAGGGGGGGAACCACCGGACAGUUUUCGGGAUGACUAAGCUAGUCGAGCGCAUACAGUAUUUCUUUCAUCAGCUUCUGGAACGGCAGUAGGAUCAGAAAGAGUCGAAGGAGACGGUUCGAGCGCAGGCAGGCGGGGAUGGGUUUUCUGUCCAACCAAAAUCGGAUUACAGCAUUCCCUGACUCGACGAACCAUCUGGUUGCCUCAUCAAAUCCCCCUUCCCGGCGAAUCGGGUAAGGCUAGAAGGGAUGGUAGGUCAGCGGCUUCAUUCAGCAGCGGAUAGAAAGGCGGGCUAGCUGGCAGCAUCGAAUCAUGGGCUCUCAGCCCCUCCCCUUUCAUGAAAUAGGUUUAUUCCAUCAAAGAUCCAACAUAGGCAAAGUCUACGGGAGAUGUUUCAACAACAUGUGCACUUCUUGCAACAAAUACAUUCUUUGUCACAGGAUCAUCAUCUCCUCUAUCAUUCGGCCUGUGAAAAUUUGGCAGAAGUCGCAUCUAAUUCUUGCCUCUUCACACCUGGUACACAUGCAUAUGCUUUACUUGCUAAUAUCUCGAAGUGACCGCUACCCCCCAUUGGUCAUAAGGAAUAAGCGCUUCAGUAGGAACUCUAUUCGAAACAUAAGUGCUAGUAUUCAUAGCUCCAGCCCACUAAUACUUAGGAUAGUUUAGAGCGAGCAACAUGGAAUGGACCGGUGAGAUCACUAUGAAUCAACUCAGGGGUCUCCAACUACAUCCUUUGGGAAAGGAGGACCAAUGCAUUUCACCUUUAAUGCAAUCCUCACAAGAGGGAGAGUUCUUUGCUUCGGGUGAACCAAGCACAACACCUAUCACUAAUUCUUUCCAUCUCGAUGUCCUCUUAUGCCAUAACUUCGUAGCAUUCUCGAUAUGAGUCGAGAAACUCGACGUUCUUGGCCAUUACUCAAUAGGACACAUACAAGCUUACAAAAUUCCCUGUGCUAAGGUGCUUUCCUUUUUUUAUGGUAAGGCAUCUUAAAUCCAUUCGCCAAACAUUCCUUUGAAGAAUGAUUCGUACCGGGAGCAUGACAAAAGAAAGAUUCUUCUUUGGCCAAUAACACAUCAUGAAUAAAAAGUUCAUUGUACCUUACCUAAUGUUUGUUGCCAUAUAAGAGAGCCUCAGCCUCUAUGCAUGAAUCAUCACGAGAUAUACUUUGGAUCGCGGGGUGGGGAAGAGGAAUCGACGAAGAAUCCAGGAAAGAGCAGCGAAGGAACGUGACGAGCAAAUUAUCGUCUCGAGAUGUUAGAAGGUGCAAAAUCAAUAGGUGCCGGAGCUGCUACAAUUGCUUCAGCCGGAGCUGCUGUCGGUAUUGGAAACGUCCUCAGUUCCUCGAUUCAUUCCGUGGCGCGAAAUCCAUCAUUGGCUAAACAAUCAUUUGGUUAUGCCAUUUUGGGCUUUGCUCUCACCGAAGCUAUUGCAUCGUUUGCCCCAAUGAUGGCGUCUCUGAUCUCAUUCGUAUUCCGAUCGCAAAAAGGAAAGAAAAACCAAGUAAAACAUGAUCUACUCAAAGAAAUUGGAGAAUGUUGUUACAUUUCAAAAAAUAUUUAUUGUCUUUCUUUUUGCUGCGCCCUUCCUUCUCCUCUUCUUCGUUUCACGUCAUGGAUAAGGAUGAACCCUUUGCCGUUGGGAUGA